AGAAGCAGCAGCAGCAGCACAGUGCAUUGCUUCAAGAUGUUGAAUGUCAGCGAGGUGCCUCUGCGUCCUCUCACCUUUAGCCGUUCCGAUCAUCUCCUGCAGCCUGUCUGGAACCAUCUGCUUGUCCACCACCAGCAUCUCAUCUCGUCUCCUUUAUUCCCGGUCCUCCUCGCCUUUUCCAGCUACGUCGUCUUCAGCGUGCCUUUCGCAGCCAUGGACCUGCUGGGAGAAAAGGUGCCUUUGUUCCAUAAGUACAAGAUCCAGCCGGUAAAGCGACCUACGCUGGGAAUGAUGACAAGGAGCUUCCGGAUGGCUCUCUUUAACCACAUUUUCUUUGUCCUGCCGAGUGUGGUGGUCAGCAUGUUUGUCUUACCUCUGCCAGCGAUGCCUCAGGAAGCACCUGCGCUCGGCAGGGUCUUUGUCGACGGCCUGGCCCUUCUUCUCGUCUUUGACACUCAGUACUACAUCUGGCACGUCAUACACCACAAGCACGUGCAGCUGUACCGCUGCAUCCACGCCAUCCACCACGAAUACGCCGCUCCCUUCUCCUGGUCCACCGAGCAGCUCAGCAUUCCAGAACUAAUGACGGUGGGAUUCUGGAGCAACCAGGACCCCAUUCUGCUCAAGUGCCACCCGCUGACCACCUGGUGCGUCAUGGUGCUUAGUAUCUGGAUGUCUGUGGAGGACCACAUUGGCUAUGACCUACCGUGGGGCUUCAAUCGCCUGGUCCCCUUCGGCCUGUUGGGGGGAGCGCCCGCUCAUGACAUGCACCAUCAGAGGCCCAACAGCAACUAUGCUCCCUUUUUUAGCCACUGGGACAGAAUCUUCGGGACAGCUGUCCCACUCAGGAAAAAAACUGAUAUGAUGUGAAUGUGGUUUAUUGAAUAUUAUGAACAUUUUCGGGGUGAUUAUUAUAAUUUUUUUUUUUUUUAAAACAACAGAAACUUCAGAUUUUUUUAUGUUUUGGGGAUUUUAUAUGGCCCACGCGAUGGAGGUUUCCCGCCCCUGUUAAACAGCAUAAUGCGACCCUGUACAGGUACUCAAAAAACACAAAACUGCCAGUUAAGGUUAUUUUUGAGUAACAAAACAAAUCAGAAAGAAAUGGGACAGAAUUGACAAAGCACAUUCAAAGAUCAUAUGUUUCCUCAAGAGUGACACUUCUAAUUAGUAAAGAAAAUAGCUUUUUCAUUUUUACCAUUAUUUAAAUAAAGUAUAGAAAAAAUAUAUAUAUCUUGCAUAUAAUUUUUUUUUUUUAAAUCAUCUGUAAGCUAUUUAUUUUAAGUGUA